AUGUCAUCUGGCAAUUUUUCUACUAUUCCGUUAAAUGUUAUUCAAUUACAACAAGCUUCUCGAUAUCUAUGCGUUAUCUUUGGUUUCCUUGUAUUAGUGACUGGUCUCUGUGGUAAUUUACUCAAUAUUCUUGUCAUUAUUACGAGUCAAAAUUACAAACAUAAUGCAACUUCGCUGUAUAUGCUUGUUCAAUCUUUUCUUAAUUUUAAUACAUUAUUGGUUGGUCUUAGCUCACGAAUUCUCGGCACUGGCUUUCAAAUUGAUCUUACUUUGACUAGUCGAGCCUGGUGUAAAAUGCGUUCAAGUUUUAUAGAUAUUCAUACGCAAAGUGCAUAUACAUUACUUUGUUUACAAUCAAUUGAUACGUUCAUUUCUUCUUCACCAUCGGCAGUUGUGCGACAGAAAAGCACUGUUAGAACAGCAAGAUAUUUUAUCUUCGGUGCUAUAUGUUUUUGGGUUCUUCAUGAAAUACCCUACUACUUCUUGCAAGAUCUUGUCGUGAUUGAAAACACUUCAAUGUGUAUAAUGACCAAUGCAAUAUAUGCUAAAUAUCGAAGUUAUUUCACUUAUCUCGGUAUUUAUACACUAAUACCUGUCAUUGUCAUAUCGAUUUUCGGAUCUCUUACUUAUUACCAUAUGACAAGAUUCGGUACAGGACGUACACCUUCAGCUUUUACACGACAAAUGGUCAAUAUGGCUUUGUUUCAAAUUAUUGCUGUAAUUUUAUUCAAUGUUCCUUACGCUGGUGAGCAGAUUUAUUUUUUGACUACUACAAAUCUAGUUAAAGAUGCUUACCGGCGAGCCCAAGAGCAAUUAGUUUCUUCGAUUUUUGCUGUUUAUGGAUAUGGACCAUACAUGGCAAGUCUAAUCAUUGUUUCAUUAACUCAUUUCAUAUUUUUGUUUGGAUUUAGAGUUCAUUCUAUAGUUACUGUAUGUCAAAGCGGUUUCGAAAACAACUUUCUACCAGUAUUAAACGGUUACUUUGGCAUCGACAAAUAA